AUGCCAGUUAAUGACUUCGAACACCAUAUUCUACGCUAUUCCCAGUUAGCACUAAAACACCUCGUAUACUACAUUGCUGUCGCAAUAUCCUUCUCAUAUUCCUUCUGCAACGAACAUCCGGUUGUGGCCUACUGGCUUGGUGUUAUACUGCUUGGUUUUGUGCUGUAUAGGUUCGUCAGAUAUGUCUUGACGCUAAUUAAACGGUUUGCCCUUUUCAUCGUCCUCUUUGGUGGUUAUCUUGUAUAUCAGCGAGGUUUUGAAGCCUUUUGGAACAAGGACAUCCCCACUAUAAGUGCUAUUUUAGCUACCAACAGAAACCCUCACACUUUAUGGACAAAUCUAAAGACCUACAUUGGUAUCGCAGCACCUUACGGGGACUUCUACAAAUAUAUGCUUAACACGCAUAGUAACUUCUUUGAAGAUGCUAUUAAGUUUCUAAGACGUCCAAAUUGA